AUAUGUACACAAAGAUAAAAACGUUGGUGUUAUCUGCAGUUAUGAAAGCCCCCUCAAGAUAUGCUUUGAAUGGAUGGGGUGGCAGCUGCAACAUUAAUUUGACACGCUACUGGGUUGGAUGUAGCAUAUGAGUGUGAACUUUGCAAUUUGGAACAUCAAAUAUAAAGUUGUUUUGUGAUUCAGUUGUCAUCGCAGUCCUUAAUUAUACUGAACAUGUGAUUUGAAUCAUCCUUGUACUGGAGAAGAUGUACAUUGAUCGCAUGUAACCAUGUCAAUGACACGGGCGAUACCAGUCGCCAACAGCAUGUGCACUGGGGCCUAAUAUGUACAUAGCCUGUUGUAAUGACAUAAAAACUUGCUUAGUGACACAGAAACUUGCACAUUAAGCGAGAUCCUUAAAGUGAACAUAUUGCUUUGUUUUGUAAACGUAGUUUACGUGUUCAUGAACACACGUACUUGACGUUAGUAAUUGCAAACCGUUGCACAUGUCUCUCUGUGCAUGCGGAUACGUUUACUUUUGAAAACCCUCACCAGAGCAAAACAUGGUGUCGAAUGCACAUGUCUCUCUGUGCAUGCGGGUACGUUUACUUUUGAAAACCCUCACCAGAGCAAAACAUGGUGUCGAAUUACAAGGAAGGUUUUAUUACAGGUUGAAUACAUAUGCAGAAAGCUGAGGGAAGACAGAUAUGUAUUUGGAGGCAUGCAGGUUGUGUUUGUUGGUGAUUGGUUUCAGCUGCCACCUGUCGCAAACAUUCUCAACAACGAUCCAGGACGGCACUGCUUUUUGGCUGAUGUUUGGAGGGAUGCAAUAAAGCACAAAGUCGUCUUAACUGAGAAAGAUCAUGAACUUAUUGCUGCGGUAAAUAAGCUUGAAAGGGGAUUCCCGUCAGAGUCAACCCACAGGUUCAUGGAAAGCCUCUCCAGAGAAUUGGUCCCUGGUGACAAACCUUUGACAUUAUACGGGACACAUUUGGAAGUGGAUUGGCACAAUGCCAGUGAAAUUUCAAGCUUACCUGGAGAUGUCAUGAUUUAUAGAUCAACAGAUUCUGGAGUUGUCAGGAAGCUGAAACGUACAACAGCCAAGAAGGUGCUCAGCUUGAAAGUGAACUGUACGGUUAUUCUGUUAAGAAACCCAGGACAAGGUCUAGUGAAUGGUUUGCAGGGCACUGUGACUAGACUUGACGAAGACGGACCAACUGUCCAAUUUCCAGCUUGCUCAAUGAAACUGCAGACAGUGAUGUUUUCUGUGGUAGACAGCUGCAACAUUGUUGAAGCAGAACGUGAACAGUUUCCUAUUGCGCCUGCAUUUGCGCUUACAGUGCAUAAGGCACAGGGUUUGACACUGCCCAGACUUAUAAUCAACUGUAAGAACAUUUUCAACCCGGGGCAACUGGGUGUUGCAGUUGGGCGAGCUGUUGAUGCAGCUGGUUUACAAGUACUGAACUACACAAGAGAGUGCUCAAAAAGACACCAAGAAGAAGUUUACAGCUUCUUCGAUGAGCCAGAUCUUCCUGUGAAAUACGAUGACAUGUCAUGUUGUGAUGAGAUACUCUACAUGGUUGCUCCCUCAAGAGAAGCCAUGGAUGUCAUGGAUUUCUCCGAUGAAUCCGACUAUGAUGACAAUGACCUUCAGAGAAUUUCAAACAUGGAAUUUGAAGCGGAAGCAGAAUCUAGAAAUAAGGCUGCUCCAGAGGUCCCAGCACUGUCAGCUGAAGCAAGAUACCAAGACUGUCAAGUUCAAGAUAUUCUGAUGUCGUUCAAAGACGACAAUACCGUUUUUCUUUGAGGAUCAACACCAAAAAUUAACCAGACUUUUCACUGAGUGUGGCGCAGGAAAGAAGGUGAAAGAUGA